AUGGAAGCAUGGAAUCGCUUGGAAGAUAUUUUUCUGGACAACCAAAAUGCUCGAGUUGUCACUCUUGAGCAAGAGUUUUCUAACACUCGUAUGGAGGAUUGUCCCAAUGUCUCUGCUUACUGUCAGCGUCUUAAGAUGCUUUCUGAUCAGUUGAGAAAUAUCGUCUCCCCUGUCAACAAUCAUCGUCUAGUCCUUCAGUUGAUCUCUAGUCUCCCAGAAGCUUACCAUAGUGUUGCUACUUUGAUUCUCCAGAGCAACCCUCUUCCGGCAUUCUAUCAGGCUCGUUCCAUGCUCACUUUGGAAGAAGCCAAUAUGGCUAAGAUGGCAAACACGGGCUCUCAUGCUGCUAUGCACACCACUCAGUCGAAACCUACUGAAGACACCUACGGUAACCGUUCUCGCUCCUGUGCCAACCAGGGUCGCGGAGGGGGACGUGGUAACCGUGGUGCACCUCAAUAUGGAGAUCCUAACGCUCCCUCACCUUGGUCCGCUCCUCCUUGGCAAUAG